AUGCAGCCCCGGCUGGGCGUAGGCCUGGGUCUGGGCCUGGACCUCACCUUCCUGCUAUGGAUACUGAGCCUAGCACAGCAGGCCCUGGUCACGGCCUCUCAGAAACUGGACGAGACGGACCCCGUGGUCACCACCGUCUACGGCAAAUUGAGGGGCGUCAAGAAGGAGCUCAACAACGAGAUCCUGGGACCCGUUAUUCAGUUCCAGGGGGUACCUUAUGCCGCACCCCCCACGGGCGAGAGGCGCUUCCAGCCCCCGGAGCCGCCCAUCUCGUGGCCAGAGGUCCGUAACGCCACGCAGUUCGGCCCGGUCUGCCCUCAGACCAUCGUGGAGGGGCGUCUGCCAGACGUCAUGCUGCCUGUAUGGUUCACUAACAACCUGGAGAUAGUGUCUUCUUACGUACAGGACCAGAGCGAGGACUGCCUUUUCUUAAACAUAUAUGUUCCCACUGAGGAUGGUCCCCUUACAAAGAAACACAAUGAUGAUUUAGGUGAUAAUGACGGGGCGGAGGAUGAAGACAUCCGUGAAAGCGGCAGCCCCAAGCCUGUGAUGGUAUUUAUCCAUGGGGGAUCCUACAUGGAGGGCACUGGGAAUAUGUUUGACGGCAGCAUCUUGGCAAGUUACGGCAAUGUUAUCGUCAUCACAGUGAACUACCGGCUUGGAGUAUUAGGCUGGAACAUGUUCUGGGAUUCUUCCGAUGGCAUUGAGGAGUACACCACAUCAGUCACUGUCAAUAAGUGCAUCAAGGACGUCAUGCCCACAGUAACUGAUGGGAUGGUCUCUCUGGGUGAGGUGAAGAUCUCUCUGAGCGGAGUGCUGGCCUCUCUGGGCGGAGUGCUGGCCUCUCUGGGCGGAGUGCUGGUCUCUCUGGGCGGAGUGCUGGCCUCUCUGGGCGGAGUGCUGGCCUCUCUGGGCGGAGUGCUGGCCUCUCUGGGCGGAGUGCUGGCCUCUCUGGGCGGAGUGCUGGUCUCUCUGGGCGGAGUGCUGGCCUCUGGGCGGAGUGCUGGCCUCUUAUUUGCUGGCUUUCCAUAG